GGCACUUUUUUACAUCCCGAUUUAAUGCAGAAAUGGUUUGUCGUCUUCGGUAGUGUAAUAAUUAUAUUGUUAUCCUGAUACGAAGGCAUACUCCACACACGUCUUGAAAUAUUCAGUUAUCACAAGGAAUGAUGGUAGAAGUAGUAUCCUGAUACAAAGACUUACUCAACUCAUAUUUUGAAAUAUCCGCUAAUCAUCAGGAACGAUGGAAGUGGACGCGGAAUCGCGGCCGGAGAGCUCAACUGGCGCACCAAGCAAGGAUAUUAAUACACUAGAACAUCCAGCAGUCGAUGAAGUCGAAGAAUUCAACGGGCAUCUAAAACGCCUUCCACAAACCAACAACUACACAAAGUAUAAGGGAUUUUUAAUCUAUGGCCUCCAGUAUCCAACCAAUAUCUUAUCAGGUUAUGCUGAUCGAGUCAAAGGAGAUUCAUACUAUGUGUGUCAACUGCAUUACAAGCCGGCGUCGUUUAGUUGUUUUUCCUGCCGCUUGUACAGUGAAAAGGGAACUAUUGCCGGAAGUGUUGGUGUGUUCGAAUUCAUGCCAGUGCCGAAUAUGCGGGAUUAUGAAGAACUGACAAAAGAAAUCUGGAAGUGUUAUGGCAAUGUGGCACCAGUGAAAGUCAAAAUUAUGCGCAGACCCGGCGAAUAUGAACAAGGCUGCGCCAUGCUUGCUUUAGUUCACGCUUACAUUUUUGUGGACGAACAGCCUUUCUGGAAUGAAAUUUAUAAAAAACAGUUCCGCCCGCACGUAUUGAAAAAAUGGAUGGACGACUGGCGUGAUGGAAAUAUGCAUCCUCCCGAGAAUUUCGAUACCAAAAUCGCAUUCGUAAAGCACCCAAAUGUUAUUCUGCCCAUAACGCAAACGGUCAUUGACGAAAUAGAGGCAAGAGAGAGUAUUCCAGAUAUUUCCACGUCUUCAGGGACAACGCCCACUUUAAGGAUGCCCAAACACACAAAAACACGAAGGAAUGUCGGAUCUGCCAAAAAAGGGUCCCAAGGCCGUCGAGGCAGCCAAAUUGACAAACGAGACACUACUUCCGCGUCAGAUACGGAAGCUGAAAGCGUAGAUCCUCGUCAAAACGCAAGACACAAAUCGCAAUCGGAGAUCUUUCCGUCCGAAACGAGUAUGGAAACUGAUGACGCAGCUGCUCCGACUAAAUCCAAAGGAAAACCUGGAUUUACUAAUCCUAAAACUAUGGAAAUCGGAAAAAUUGUGAACGAUCUACUCCUUAAAAGCCAAAAGUUUGGGAGAAUUCCGAAAUUUCUUGCUAAUAUGGCGUUUCGACCAGAUAAAAGUUUCAGCGACGAGUCUGACGACUUGAUACUAUUCAAACGCAAGGAAUAUGCAUUUCUCUUGGAGGAAUUAACUGGUGUCCUAAACCAGAAUGGGGCACGUUUCCCGAAGCAUCGCCUGUAUUAUUACGUGUCUGGCCCACCUGGUACAGGCAAAUCCUGUGCAGCUUUAAGUUUUGCGAUAUGCGCGGCAAGUGGUAAGGCAGUUAACAACCUUAAUGAUGACACAAAGCUCGUGAGAUUAGACGCGCAGUGGGCCGUGCGCUGGAUCAAAUUGCCCGACAAUUCCCACAGCCUGGGAACCUGCAUUAAUUUCUCGAAUGACGGGGAACAGUUAAAAACUACUAUAGAAGAAUUCAAAGGUUGUGGCGAGGGUGUUGUCACAGAACUUCUGUCAGACAUUGACGACCAAGAACGGCGCGUGGUAUUUAUUGAUGGGUACAGGCAGGAGGAAUUUAUAAAAGAUUUGGAGGUACGAUUUAAGAACUGGAGGAAAGCUGAUUCGCUGUUAACGGGAGGAAACGUAGCAGACUUGAAAAAAAAACGUAGGUUGAUAUUUAUUUCCUCAAUGGACGCAAAAUCGCCAUCCGACGGUAACAAGGGUUGUAAAGUGACACAUUGUUCAUGGACGACAGCGGAGUUUACUGCCGCCGUGAUGAACGAUGAAUUUUAUAAUUCCGUUCGAGAAACCUUUGAAGAAGAUUACCUGGAUGAUCUGGACAUCGGAGAAACUUUGAAACAAAUUGAAAUGCCCAAAACAGCCCAAAAGCAACCAAAUACAGAACAAGACGAGAUAAUGCCACCGACCGCCGAACUGGACGAGAUAACGCCACUGACCGCGGAACAGGACGAGAUGACGGCGGAACAGAACGAGAAAAAGCCACUGACCGUACAAGAGGCCAAGAAGUUGCUUAUUAAAAAAAAGACUGGCGUAGCAGGCAGCUCCGCCCGUUACAUGUUCUUUUACAAUCUGCAAGAAAUCAGAGACGACAUUAACAGCGCGUUUGAAGAUGAUGAACUGGUAAAAGACAAAACGAAGACGAGUAAAUUGUAUGGACGGGAGCGCGAAAGCCUUGAUGAAACUUUUAGCGUAUACCUAAGCAGAUAUGUAAUAAACAAAUUUAACCAGAUGGGGAAACCAGAAGCUGUUAAAAAAGAAUGGAAUAAAACUGUGUUCAACAAACGUGCAGCGUUCCAUGGGAAUUAUUUUGAACGGUUUAUCUUCGCUAUAACUCGCCACGGAAUAUCAACUGGGGACGAUGUGACACGCUCGACUACGUUUAGCAUCAAAGCCUAUAAAGGAUCCCCAAUAUUCCCAUAACUAGGACUCCCAACUUGGCGGUGCAAUAAUCAUCUGAGUUUCGUUUUCACAACCUUAAAUAGCGAAGAUAACAAACGGAACCUCAAGGAAAUAACAAACAGAGGGAAAACCGAAUUCUGGAUAUUUCCGGAAUCGGAAUAUCAGCCAGCGUUCGAUGCUAUUUACGUAAAUCUCAAUAACGGUGGAAAAGUUACCUUCGUUCAGAUUACCGUGAAACAGAGAAAAGAAUCGUGUGACACGGAAAAAUUACAAGAAUAUCUUUACCGGUUAUGCGAUGAAGUGGAGCUCUUUGGGAAAAAACCUGGCGGGAAGGGGCGCUCUACCAGAAACAGGCCUCGCAACCUGGUAAAAGGGCCUAACGAUGUGGAAUUUUGUUAUUUGAUUCCACACGAGCACCCGAAUUUCACGUUUUCUGAGCCCAAGAAAGUAAUCGUCCAUUUGCCCGGAUGGCCUGGGACAGAGGUACCAGAAAAGGGAAAAAAUAAGAAUUCACUACUACAGAUUCGACACCCACCAGUUUAUGAACUAGUGGACUGGAAUUAUGAUUUGGGAAAAAACCAAUAAAGGAAAAUGUCAUAAGAAACAACUUAUUUUUUUGCCAUCGCUAUAAAAGAGAUUUCAGCACUGAAGCAGGCGCAAGGUACGUGAUAAUUACACCCUGCUGCAGAUGACGUACAGGUUGAUGCGAAUGGCCCCGGUGAGUCGGAAAGAGCACUGUGCGCGAAUACCUUUGUGAGGUUCUGAGUUCCAUUAUUUUCUGAAUGUAGAUACUUUGAGUUUUUGAAACACAGCAUUUUGUACAACUAAUUCUUUUCUUAUCCUUCGACAAGCAAUGCAAAGAACCUGACCUUAGUUUUCUCCACUAAACUUGUACUACUUCCUACUAGAAAGGUGUCGAAAUUUGUUGCAAAAAAACCGACGAUGAAACCAACCCGUAAAACCUUGACUGCAUGCAACGGCAUAGUUAGUGAACCUGAAUGAUGGAGCGUAGAUGUA